CGAGCUUCCCUCCACGUCUCCAGGGCAACCGCUAAACGCUCGUGGAAUUUACCAGGGCUCCAGCAGCAGCACGCACACAGGAUCGCAGGUCCUCCUCGAGAUCUGUCCCGAGAGGGGAUCCACUUAAAAAAAAAAAAACUUCACUCUUCGUUUUAACGCUUUCCUGUUUCCGUUGAAAGCGCCGAGUCGUGACCGGACGCGCACAGGAUCAGCGCGCGAAGAUACUGUACAUAGAUGGGCGCGAGAGCUUGGCAUGAUGCAGUCUGAUCGUCAGAGUUCCAACAGCUCAGAGAUGUUCACCGCAGUUCCUCUAAACGUCUCCUCUUUCUCCCCGACGGCUUCCCCUGCGGAUCAGCUCACAGCCAUGAUGAUCACAUUCUCUUCUCUGGUGGUUUUUGUGCUGAUUGUUCUGCUGGGAUCUCUCAUCUAUCGUAAGGACCCUUUCUGCUGUAAAUCCCAGGCUUAUCGUGACUCACAUGCUGACUUGGAGUCUUCUUCUCAACACUACAGCAGCAGGCAGACUUUGGUCGGUCCACCUUUCACUGAUACUACCCAAAACAUUGAAGGCCUUAAUAACAUCGACCCGCAGUCAGAGCAGCUGUUCUACGUGGGCAUGCCCAGCACAUACUGCCUCCCACCUAUGGACACGUCCAUGCCUCAUCUGCCCUCCUAUGAGAGCGUGCGUAAGAAGGACAGACAGCGGCAGAUUCAUCUGAUGAUUGCAGACCGCUUUGGUCUAAAUGGACCCAUGGAAGCAGAGAAUCCGCCCACAUAUGAGGAGAGUGUUCGCCAAUCUCUUCAGUCACUUCAGGCCCCGGAUGCGCCAUUCGACCCCGUCCCACCACCAGUGAUGCCACAAGCUGUUCUCUCCGAGCCUCCGAAUGACUUGCCUCCAUAUGAGGAACUACCUCAGACUCCUGCCUCACCAGACAGUAAUAAUGAUCCUGAUCCAGAGGAAGCUGAUAAAUGAAGGAGACUUAUAUUGCUUUAGUCUUUCCAGUGACAAUAGACAGUAGAAAAACUAUCAUUGUCUUCAAACAAAUUUAACAUGGAUUAUGGGAAUAUUGAUGAGGCUGGUGCUGCUCAAAGACCAAAGAUGUGAAGAAGAACAAACCUUUAUACAAACACUGUAACACCAACGCAGAACCACAAGGAAAAUGCUUCCAGUAUUCAGUCAAAACCAUUGAAGCACACGGAAUGUGUCUGUGUGUUUAAAAAACAGUCUACAAACUUACGUUUUUUUUUUAACAACAAGGCUGCAGAUACAGGUGGACACAUAUGGACAACCAUAAUUCAUCUUUAAUAAAUGUGACUAAGCUUUCUCAGGUAAUUUUUAGAUCACAAUCUGUUAGAGACAUGGUUGAUAUUAUUUCAUUUUCAUAAAUGUCAUACAUUUGGACAGCGUUUGUACAGUGACACACCUUUUUUGUAUUUUUGCCUUUGUACAUAAUCACAAUAGAUUUGGAAUGAAGCAAUCAGGAUGCAAUAAGAAAAUGUUUAAAACAAAUAUUUCAUUAACUGUUUAGGAGUUAGAGACAUUUUUUGCACAAUCCCUUCCCUCCUUUUUCACAGGCUCAAACGUAAUUGGACAACUGAAUGAUAAACUAGUCUGAUGGCCAGGCGUGACCUGUUUUCUCAUUACGUAUCUCAAUAUUAAGGAGAUAAAAGGGGUGGAGUUUGUUCCAAGUGCUGGAUUUCCAUUUGAUAGCUGUUCAUAAUAUCUGCCAAAAAUAGUCAGUAGUGGCUAAAUCAACAUUAUGGGUCCUUCUUAAAAAUAUGGAGUUCACCGGCCAACUCAGCAAUACCAAAAGUCUUGAAAUGUUACUGAAGUGGAUAAUCUAUCUUCAAGUUAACAGAGCCACUUUUAUGAAUGUAAAUACAGACGGUUUAAAUAAAUGAUGCAAACACACCGAAAACAGGAAGGCCAGAUUAGACUG